AUGGACAGAAGGUGGCAUUGGCGAUUGCACUACAACUGCUUUAUCGGCUCCGAGUUCACGACCUGGCUAUUGCAGAACUUUAAGGAUAUCGACACCCGGGAGGAAGCCGUCGAGUUUGGAAACGAGCUCAUGAAGCACGGCCUCUUCCAGCACGUCGAGCAGAGGCAUAACUUUAGGGAUGGGAAUUACUUCUACCAGAUUGCUGCUGAGUAUCGAGUCGCGCGACCGCCCGAGUCUCGGAGUGGCUGGUUUCCUGCACGAAAACCAGAGAAAUCGGUCCCGUCGACCCCGUCAGGCGAGACAGCGAAAGAUGCUCCCAGUGGGGAACAUACGAGGUCGGAUAGUAGGGAUGAGGCGGCUACGUCGGUGCCGAUUGCAGAGGCCUCAGCCAUCGUUAAAAUGCAACCUUUCAGGAAGCUUUAUCGGGUGAAGCUCAAGGUCGAGCCUCCAGAACCGCCGGCUCCUCUGUCAUUCAACGCAACGUCCUUCUCGCAGCAAGGAAAACCGGACAAGCAUUACUACCAGAAAGCCAUCUUGAAGAAGUUUGACUUUGUUCUCGACUUCGAAGCGGCGUCUGACUUCCCCCCGGACGUCGAGGUGUUCUAUUCCUGGGGCAAGCCCGAUUAUCGCUAUCCACAAUAUAUUCACCGGUCUGGGUGUCUUCUUGCUCAAAUUUCGGACGAGGGAGAUUUGCUGUUCCUCGCAAACCGGCUGUUCAGCACCAAGGGGGCCGGUCGAGACAAGUUCGAUCGUGGGGACCGCAACGAGCAGUAUCAUCGACCGCGAGCGGGCACCUACACGUAUGAUCCGAUGUUCUCGCCGCGUCUGUCGCCUGUCGUACGUCCCGUGCCGGAACCAAACGUCAAUGCUGGGCCUGGAGGGAUUAAUGCAUCGAACACGAUUGACACUGCAAAUCUCUACCGCACUCCGGAGUACCUGAAGAACCAGGUUGAGGAGUUCUGCAACGACGAAGUGCGCCUGCAGCAGUUCUACAACGAGGUGCAGGUACGGCCGCUCUCGACGCGAGUCGGACCGACGGUGCCGCCGUCGACGUCGUCGACGAUGGAAUCCUCCAUUCCGUCUCUGGAGUUGCCCGCCAGUGUAGUCGCGCAUCACUACUCGUCAGCGGCUGUGGAAUCUGAGAACAACAACAACAAUAACAACAAUCCACUAAUGGAAGCAGCAAACACGUCUAUUGAUCCGAGGACCACACCGACGAUGGCACCCCAGCGAGACUCGGCCAAAGACGGUCCCCGAAGUGGCGACCUGAAACCUGUACACUGA